AUGUUUGCGGAAUGUUGCAAUUUCUACCCGGUCGGGGAAUACCUCAAGUUUGUGAGGAUACCAGAGAACUUGGAGGUGGGAGAAGAAGUUCUGCAAGUGGAAGUGCAUCCAAGAAAGAACCUGAGCCUACAGCCAGUUGACAAAGAAGAAGACGCCCAACUCUUCACGUACCGAGACGUGAACCGAACUCAUGUCUCCGUGAUCCUGGCGCAGAGUGUGGACGGGCUGGUAGAUAGCGAUGCCCCCCAGAACGUGGUCAAGUUCAGGCUGGGCUGCGACUUCGACACUGGGGAUGAUCUCAUAUCAGCGUAUUUAUCAGUAACGGUGUACAUCGAGGAUGUCAACGAUAAUGCUCCCAAGUUCAUAGAUGCUCCAUACCACGUCGUUGUGGACGAAUUAACUCCUACAGGCCUCACCAUCUUCAAAGGCAUCCGGGCCUUCGACCGGGACAAGCCGAACACGCCCAACUCUGACAUUCAGUACAGCAUCAGCGCGGGAGACGCUGAUGGCCACUUCGCUUUGGAGAGCUCGCACAAACCCGCUCUCAUUUUGAAGAAACCAUUGGACUACGACGCGGGUGAUAGGGAGUUCAAUUUGAUCAUUACUGCCACUGACAGAGGAACACCACAAAAGAGUUCCAAUACAAGUGUUUUGGUCAGAGUCCAGGACAGUGACGACCUGCCUCCGAAGUUCACGCGGGAUGUCUACAGGACUCAAAUGCCAGAAUUUUAUCCGAUUUUGGGUAAACGCAUCCAUUUACCACUUACCUUCGAGGAACCAAUCAGAGCCUUCGAUCAGGACGAAGGAUUGAAUGUACCUCUCAGAUUCGAACUAGUGUCAGGGAAUGAACGCAAACUCUUCUCUUUGGAACCGUCGAAUGGGACCAUCUACUUGGAUAAAGAAAUUGAUUUGGACGCGGAAAUUGGAUUACCAGGAAACACUUUCAUCCUGCAAAUUCAGGCGUCGCAAAUAGACAACCCGCUGAAGACUGCGCAGGCGCGGGUCGAGAUAGAAAUUUUGGAUCUAAAUGAUAACCUGCCGGAGUUUGAGGUGGAUUUCUAUAACAUCAGCAUUGUGGAGAAUCUGCCCAACGGUUUCAGUGUCCUGCAAGUUAUGGCCGCAGACAAAGACCAGGGCGAUAAUGGGGAAUUCACUUACCAGUUAAAUGACCCUAAAGGGGCCUUUUCUAUUGACCAGAGGUCCGGUUGGCUCACUGUUAAGAACCAGACGGUUCUUGAUAGAGAAGCGCAUUCAUAUCUACGAAUGAAAGUAUAUGCCAAAGAAAAAAAUCCUAGCGUAGUUGGGGCACUCUACGAUAAACAGAGGCAAUCAAAAUGGCGCCGAACGCCUAUUACCCCCAGACCUUCAUACAAAGACAGAACUACAUACAUAUUCCCUGACAAAAUAGGAAGCAAAACGGAAAAUGUCGAAUAUUUCGAAGAUGCAAGACAAAUAAUGUCUUUUGUAACUGUUGAAGUUACAUUGCUAGAUGCCAAUGAUAAUAACCCAGUGUUUGUUCCAAGUAAUCUAUACGAAUUUAGUAUUAAAUCUAAUGCGAAAAUCGGUGCAUUCAUUGGCAAAGUGAAAGCUGUUGAUCCAGAUUUGGGUAGAAAUGGAAUGGUUUUCUACGAUUUGCAAAGAACAAGUAAUUUGACCAUUACAUCGCCGUUUUUAGUAGAUGCCAAAACUGGAGCUGUCACUGUAGCUGAAACCCCGAUCAUUGAAGGAAGACAUGCUUUGUUUAUUGAAGCUUCGGAUCAACCUGCUAAUCCUAGUGAAAGAAGAUAUUCUUUAGCUGUAGUAACUAUUGAUGUUCUUAGAGGAAAUAAAGGUUCAAAAUCUGAUAAACCUGGAUUUAUCGGAGCACCAUACGAAUUUUGGGUUGGAUCCAAUGUUGGUAUUGGAACAAGCGUGGGACAGAUACGUAUCAAUGAUGCUAUGGAUAAAAGUGAAGCAUCGUACGACUUAUUACAUAGUUACGAAGACGGAGUGCCAUUUGCAGUGGAAGAGAAAUCUGGUGUCAUAACAGUGAUUGAAGAGCUAUCCAAAUUCAAUCGUCCUAUUUAUGACUUUGAAGCCGUAGCUAUGCAAGAAAAUUCCAACAUUACUAUAUCCACAAACACGACAAUACACGUGGUAGAUGUGAACGACGAGAGAGGUGUCUUAUUAAAAGGAGCAAGAAAACCGCUCGUUUUUCAUGUCAAAGAAAAUGUAGCAGGUGCUAAUAUUGGUCAAAUUUUCCCAGUCAACAUCAGUGCUUUACCUGUUAACGCUACUGGAAAUAUAAGAUUUAUCAUCGCAAAUCAGCAAGAUGUAUCAGAUGAUAUAGCUAUAGGUCAAGAUGGAACAAUUUUUGCUCAAAGACCUUUGGAUAGAGAAAAAAGAGAUACUUACAGCUUAACAGUAAUAGCUGAAUUCAAGAAAGGAAUGAUUUCUGGCGCUGGUAUUUAUCAAGUAACAAUAAACGUAGAUGAUGAAAACGAUAACCCUCCAGUAUUUGAAAUGCCAUCUUAUGAAGGAUUUAUCCCUGAAAAUUCAAAAAGUGGAACUGAAGUCAAAAUGACAAACAAAAUCAAGGCCAAAGAUGCUGAUGUGGGUCCAAAUGCUUUAUUUAUGUAUACACUUUUUGGAGCAGGACAUGAAAUGUUUGAAGUCGAUAAAGACACUGGUGCCGUGACGUUUGUUGGAAAUAAAAUUGAUAGAGAAGAUAAGAGUUCUUACUUACUAAAAAUUGUUGCUAGAGAUAAGGGAAGUUUGAGUUCAGAAGCAAAACUAAUCAUCAAUAUUUUAGAUGAAAAUGAUAAUGGGCCAAAAUACAGACAACUUAUUAUACCUUCCGGUGAGAAUAUUGAAUUAUUAGAGGCUGAUGAAGAUGCUCCAGUGAAAAUAUAUCAAGAAAAAAAGAAUAUGGUGACCGGUGUUAUCUCAAACUCUAUUGCUAACCCCAAAAAUAAAUAUGCAUCGAGAGUUGAUGAGCUAGGACCAUUAUUUUUAGUUCCGGAAAAUAUUGCAAUUGGAUCAACAAUACUUAAAUUAGAUGCAAUUGAUUUAGAUAGUGGAACAAAUGGCCAAGUGAGAUAUGAAUUUAUAUCAGAAGUUUUUAUACCACCACAAGAAAUACCUUCCAGUAGUUUACAUAUUAAAAGAUAUUUUGUUAUAAAUGAACGACAUGGUCAAAUAAUUGUUGCGAGAACAUUGCCACCUGAGUCGGAAUUCAGAUUAAAUAUUUCGGCCAUAGAUGGCGGUGAAUUAAGUGAUCAUAUCUCAAUCAGAUUUUAUAUUAAAGAUGUAAAUGAUCAUUACCCAAUGUUCAAAAAAUCCUGGUAUACUUUCAAUGUGGAAGAAGCACAAUAUACAAGGAAGGUUUUAGGUAAGGUUGACGCUACUGAUAGUGAUUAUGGGCAAAAUGCAAACUUGACUUACUUCAUUCAUCCAUCAGGCAAAGAAAUACCAUUUGAAAUAUCGCCAUUAACGGGGGUUUUCAGUGUAAACGGUGAACUUGACAGAGAGAAAGAAGACAAAUAUCUUUUAACUGUAGUAGCUAGAGAUAACGGCCCAGACAAUAAAUUAUCUUCUUCAGUUAGUGUCGAAGUCCAAGUUUUAGAUGUAAACGAUAACGCUCCUAGAUUUUACAAUUAUGAUGAUUUAUUGGAAUGGAAACAUCCGGAAGCAGAUGAAAUAUCGAACCAUAAUUUCGAAUCAGUAAUGAUGUUACCAGUGUACAAAGCUACUAUACCAGAAAACGCGCCUAUCGGAACUUCAGUUGCUAAAGUGUUUGCUAAUGACUCAGAUUUUAUUGGCAAUGGAAAUGGAUUAAUUUUGUUUAGUUUACCACAGCGAAAAAAUCAGUUAAAUCUUUUUACCAUUGAUUCCAAAGACGGAGUAAUAACAACCACUGGAAGAUUAGAUUAUGAAACUCAAUCUCUUCAUAACGUAACCAUAGUAGCUUCAGAUUUAGGCUCUCCUAGUCUUAGUUCUACAGCUAUUUUAAUGCUCACGGUAACAGAUUUACCUGAUGAAAUAGAGAUGUCAGACAAGCCAGUAUUCAUUUCUAGAUAUUAUGAAUUGGAAAUAGAAGAGAAUGUUGUUACACCCGUAGAACUAGUCACGCUUAAUUUGACUGAAUAUUAUGAAAAUUUUAAGAUGAAGUAUUUUAUUUUGAAUGAAGAUGAUGCUGACAUUAAGAAAACAUUUAUAAUUGACCCUAGAAAUGGGACAUUAUAUUUAGUUAGGAGUCCUGAUAGAGAGCAAAAGGAGGUUUAUGAAGUUAUUGUUAGGGCGGAAAGGCAAAAAAUAAGUAGAGAUAUGCCUCAUAUGAUCUAUCCGGUAUCAGAUGAUAUGCUUGAAGGGAUGAGCAAGUAUGACGUUAAAGUAAUUGUUCGUAUUAAGGAUGUAAAUGACAAUGCUCCGAGGUUUGUAAAUGGUGGAAGACCAUUAGUAACAGCAAUACCUACAACUGCUGCAUUUGGUUACCAAGUAGUCCAACUUCUAGCCACUGAUGCUGACUCCGGUAUAAAUGCAGACAUCCGCUACCAAAUCAUCAGCGAGCAGGCCCCUCGCUUCGCCAUAGACUCUGUGACCGGGUCCGUACGUGUAGUGGCAUCUUUGAUCAGAGACGCUGGCAAGGUGUUUGGGUUCGACGUCAAAGCGACUGAUAAGAAGGGAGCUGAUGAUGGAAAAUCUGCCAUUGCUAAUGUUUUUGUCUACGUGCUCGAUGAGAACAAACAGCUGGUGCUGGUGAUGGGCGCUAGACCCAUGGAAGUCGAGAAAGAAGUUGGGAACAUCACGCGUACACUAACUGACCUGACCGGGUACGACAUCAGAGUGAGAAGGCUUGAAGCCAGCUCCAAGACAGGCAUGGAUGGUGCAGCGACGGACAUGUACAUAUACGCGGUGGAUCCCAUGUCUAACGCCAUAAUAGACAUGGAAGUUCUACAAAAAUCGCUGCUAAAACGCGAAGUGGAUUUACGCCACGAACUGGGUGGCUUGAAACUUUUAGAAGUGGGUGGUACGUCCAUGGUGCAAGCCAGGAGCGGCAAGUUGUUGAGCACCAUGGAGAUCAGCGUGGUGGCACUAGCUUGCAUAGUGUUUGUUGGUGCUUGCACUACUGCAAUUUGUAUAUUAUGCGUUAGAAGAAGCAGAAGACAACGUCACAAACCAUAUUCCCAGCAACAUCUUAACGCUUUCUCCACUGAACACCUAACAAAAUAUGGAGGUCUGUUCCCAUCUGGGGCAAACCAAUGCCAAGAAUUGAACCAGUCUUAUAGCGAAGCAGAUUCGUAUAUGGAUGUUAUAAAUCACAAUGUGACGAAAAAGAUAUGCCCUCACGGAAAUACUGUGGAAGAUUUUGGCAAAGCUCAUCAGAAAUGCGUCAAUUCAGAAUUCAAUCAGAAACAUGAAAGGAUGUGCAUCAAAUUUAACCAACGACCCUUGCAGAAAAGGAAGGGGCAAGACACUUCGAUAACGUCAGUGAAUUCCAGUGGACAAGACUCCGGGAUUGCUGAGGCCGUGCGCUGUCCGUGUGGCCAGUCCAGUCUCCACACUUCGGAGGAAAGCAGCGGAUGCAGCUAUGAAGAUUCACUCAAAUCCAACCACAAUCAAGAGUCUCGCAAAUCUUACCACAGAUCUGAAGCUGAACACAGAUUCCCGCGGCGUGCUUCCUUCGCCCACCACCCAGUCGACUCCAGACCACUGCACUACAGAAGACAAUCCUUCUCCGAAAACAUGCAAAAGCACUUCCCGUCCUUCGAAAGAGUAGGAUCAGAAAUAAGAUUGACCAAACAAAUGUCUACUCCCAAUGUGUCCAAUUUGGGGCAGACAUAUUUCAUGAGUAGUAAACAAAAUUUGAGAAGAAAAGAAGUUGUGAAUGAACCUAUGAUUGAUUACGAUCAUAGCGAAGGGGAAGAUGUGUUUGAUACCAGAAUUGAUAGAAGGCCUAGUGGGAAGAAUAAUAAAAGGAAGUUCAUGGAGUUGGGUGGUCAAGCUGCCGUCUUCGUGGCCACUCCGGCGGCGGCGGAGAUAAUGAGGAGGCAGGGAAGUGAGAGACUAAUGUUCGCAAGACCAUUAUAG